GUCAUGGACUGCAGAGAUUAUGCAUAACCUCUCUGUCCGUCCUCGGUCAUUGCUCGGCUUGGAUGGACAACAUCAACUGAGAUGACGGAUAGAUCAAACAGCAUUGACAGCAAGAUCCUUUCAAUCCCAAGGCAAUACCAAUGAUCAAACUAUCGAAUUCGCAACAGUCAUUGUAGCUAGCAUACUACGAGAACGGCGGCGGGCGGGACAGAACAACAACCCCACGUUCCCCCUCAUUACAUCACCGCCCCGGGGACCAGCUUUUUUCUCCCUCGGAAUGUCUCCUGGCAGCUUCACUCCAACCAGCUCUUUACCCCACACGUUCUCUCUUUUCUCGUUUCAUAAGCCCAUAAUUAAACCUUGAGAAAAUGUCGAGCAAGACCAUCAUCGUCACCGGCGCCUCCAGAGGUAUCGGCCUCGCCAUUGCAGAGUAUCUCCUUACCGCGCCUCAAUCGCACAAUGUCGUCGUGAUCGCCCGUAGCGUGGAGCCUCUUCAGAAGCUCAAGGAUCAAUACUCACAACAAGUCGCGGUCCUGAACGGUGACCUAUCCGACUUCUCCCUCGCCCAGACGUCCGUCGACCUAGCUAUCAAGACCUUUGGCCGCCUGGACGGCAUGGUCCUCAACCACGGCAUCCUCGGACAAGUGGGCAAAAUUGCGCAAGCCGAUCCCGAACAAUGGAAGCAAGGAUUCGACGUCAACUUCAUGAGCCUAGUCGCGUUUGUCAGAGCCGGUCUCCCAGCAUUGCGGGAAACAAAGGGCAAAAUCAUCUUCACCUCGUCGGGCGCCGCGGUGUCCGCGUACAGGGGAUGGGGUCUCUACGGUGCAACCAAGGCCGCCAUGAACCACCUCGCGCUGACCCUGGGUGAGGAGGAACCCGAUGUCACCAGCGUUUCUAUCCGCCCGGGAAUGGUCGACACCGAAAUGCAGCGUCAGUUGCGUGAGGACCAUGCUACGACAUUGGAGCCUCAGGUGCAUUCCAAGUUCACCGGAGCCUACGAGGGCGGCAAGCUGCUCAAGGUGGAGCAGCCCGGCCAUGUUAUGGCAAAGCUGGUGCUGGAUGCCCCGAGCUCGUUGAGUGGAAAGUUUUUGAACUGGAACGACAACCUCCUGGAGAACUUCCAAGAGUAAGAUUACGAAUCCUGAAAUACUUGAGAAAGCCAGUUAGCAUACACUACUAUCAAUAAACUUCAUAGAAC